AUGAGUGAUAACGAAACUGAAGAAAAAGUGAAGUUGACACUGACAAUUCCUGCCAUAAAAGCAGAAACUGAAUCACAAACUCUAGGCCAACUGGUGUUAAAAUCGCCUGAAAUAAGACUAAACGAAGACGAAAUCAUGGAAGACGACAGGCAAAAUAUGUCCAUAAGGAAAAGACGAAAUCUGUCUAAGAACAGAGGUCAAGCGGCAAGGCAGAGAGAGAAAACUCCCGAGCCCAGUCGAACUUUAAUGCCUCACGAGGACACACCAACUUCAGAAGAUGAGGAACCUAAGCUACCGCGUCCAAAUUCUAGAGAAAUUGAAGCUGACAGUACAUAUGAAGAAAUGAAACGUCUAGUACAAGAAAAAGCUAAUGUAAAGGAUCCUGUAUAUGAUUUGGAUACAGACGAGGUCCUUGAGCAAAGAGCUAUGGCUGCUCAAGAACGUAGACGCAGGAGUAUUUCACCCUUUGCCAUACCAGACAAAGAGGAACUAGCAAGUCUCCUCGAACGCAAAGGAAGUUUCAUAGAUCCCACUAAUAAACUAUUAACAACUAAUUAUGCUCUGACCCCAAAAGACGAAGAUACAACACGACGUAAUUCACUAACUAUCGAACCUCCAAAAGAACUUAAACAUACUCUCUCUACUCCUUCUCCUGUUAGCAGCUCACCAAAAGAACAAUUUCCUUUUCCUUCAACUCCAAAAAAACUGGAUGAAAUUGUUUACCCUGAUGAAAAGAAACCAGAAGAAAGUACGAAGAAGUUAAAAACUCCUGUAAAAAAGGACAAAGAAGAAGUAUUUACAUUUGAAGAUAAAGAUAUUAAGCAACCUCUUAAAGCAACCACGCCUAAACCAGAAACACCAGCAACACCAGGCGAACUUGUAACGAAAGUGAUCCAAAUAGAAAGAACUCCAAGUAGAAAAUUGGUGGCAGAAAAAAAACCUAAUGUGGAAGUUCGAGAAAGGAUUGUAAGAACACCUAGUAGAAGAUUAUCAACUGAUAUUAAACCAAUUGUUGUGAAACAGCAACCUACUAAGCAAGCAAAGGAAGAAACACAAAGUCGGGCGCCACCGGUGAAACCGGCCCGCAGCAAAUCUGCUUCAAGAUUUGGGAAUAAAACUAGUGAAAGUGAGAUGAGUGAGGAUCAACAUAAUGCCAAAGUAGAAGCUUCAAAGCGAAGGGCAAUGCCUACACCACGUCGGUACACGAAGAAUAAAAUGUCGCCUAAAGUAAAUCGUUCACAGUCAGUUCACCGCACUCAAGAUGUAAGCGUAAUUGAUAAAACGGGAACAGGUAUGAGUCAAACUAGUAGAGAAAUCAUUGAGUUGAUGCAAAAGGCCCGAGCCAGAAGCUUGUCCAUGCCUAAAGAUGAUCCCAGACUUCCACCUGAGUACAAGGAAAGUCACAAAACAUUAAAAACACCCAAUAAAACGCCUACUAAUUUGAGACAGUCCAGAUCUCGUGGCGUAUCCUGUCCUAAAACUAUUCAAAUUAUCAGUGAGAAGGAAAUACUGUCAGGUUUAUUGAAUAAGAAAACGGAUAUAGACGAACAAAGUAGACAAAGUUCUGGUUACAUUGACGCUAGUCAGUCUGAGUACACAUCUAGCUGCUAUUCUUCAUCUCCGAGUGAAAACGAAUUUGAAUUCGAUUUGUCAGAGCGGACAGCGGAACUAACUCGCAAACUUAAUGUACUAAGUCAAGAAGUUGAUAAACGAGAGAUGAUGACAGGUAUUAUACUAGGACCAGAUAAUACUAAUGAUGUCAUUAAAACCGAGAAAAUCGAACCAAAAUCAGGGUUAAGAAAGAGGUCAGUAGCUGAUUCGAAAACUAAGAGGGAGCAUAAAGAGCCUGCAACAGAGAAAAAAGUUAAGAGAAAAUCUCUGGAUGCCAAAGAUAAAGUAGUUGUAAGAUCAAAGUGGAAAUUCAUUGCGAAUUGGCAAGACUUUAAACAAGAGCAACGAGUGCAUUACAAUAGAAUUAAAGAUUUGUUGAAUAAGUGUAUUUGCGACCUGCUCAUACUGAUCAUAAUGUGUGGUCUAGGAGGAAUGAUGUUUAAAAGUUUAGAAGGAUCAUUUGAGAACGCAUAUAAAUGUAGUACAAGGAAUGUUAAAAGAGAUUUUAUAGAGAAUCUUUGGAGAGGCAGUCAUAAUCUACGUGAAGAAGAUUGGAAAUCAAUGGCAAGGAAGAAGUUGUUCGAGUUUGAAAAUCAGCUGCACACAGCCCACGAAGCCGGCGUCACGUCAUACAGCGGCCAGCCGUCUUGGAACUUUAUGAACUCAUUCGUAUACUGCUUGACGUUAAUUACAACUGUCGGUUAUGGCCACAUAGCUCCAAAGACGGUAUAUGGCCGCGUAGCGACGAUAGUCUACGCUACUAUCGGUAUACCUCUGUUCCUGAUCCUCUUAGCUGACUUCGGUAAACUCUUCACGAGGGUCAUCAAGUUCUUCUGGGCUUUCAUUAGAAGAUUCUACUAUACCAGGAGUUGCAGGAAGGUCAGGAGGACCAUGCCAGUGCAGGAAGUAAUGAAAGGCCUGAACAUUGUCUACGAUGUCGUUCGGCGUCCGUCGCAAAUAUUCAACGAGGAAGAUAUAACAGAAGAGGGUCCUAGUGGCCAGCCACCACUCGUCGGGAGGAAGUUGAGUGAAGUUCCCCCACCACUACCACCAAAACCUGGCACUCCAAGAGAAAUAGACAAUGAAACUGAUCUUGAAACUCCAGCACCAUCUGUCUUCGAAAUAGACGAUGAGUUUAACCUACCGAUUUCCGUCGCCGUAAUCAUUUUACUUACCUACAUCAAUCUCGGAGCAUUCGUCUACAGCUUAUGGGAGAAAUGGACCUUCUUCGAAUCCUUCUACUUUAUAUUCAUAUCGAUAUCCACAAUCGGUUUAGGUGAUUUAGUCCCUGACCAUCCCAUGUUCAUGAUGGCGUCUAUUCUAUACUUAGUGUUCGGAUUUGCUUUAACCUCUAUGUUCAUUAACGUAGUACAAUUGAAACUGUCUAAUACAUUCAAGCAGGCUAGUGCUAAGCUCGGGGCUACAAUUGGUCUGAAAUUCGCUGAGGAGGAUGGCAGUCUUGUACCUAUAACUCCACCUGCAACAGAAAUAGUUCCUGUACAUAAACCAAGAACUGAGACAGACGACAGUAAAAGCAAAGAAACUGACGAUGAUGAUAAUAAGAAUAGGUAA